AUGGACCGUAGAGACUCUCUUGCGCUCAUUCGUGCCGCUAUACAUCGCAAAGCGGCGCAAAAGCGGGAGACCUCUGAUGUCAACUCUCUUGUAUCCGACUUUGGCUUUCUUUCUGUCAAUGCGACAACGCGAGACUUUGAACCCAUAUCAACAAACAUGACUUUUGCUAGACUUGUCUUGGCGGCAACAACGAACGAUGCCCUUCCAGAGUCUGACCAAGCCCGCUUACCUCCAAGGCAGACUGCUCAUGUGCUGGUCCAGCAUUACAUGGACAACGUCUAUUCGUUGUUCCCCUGCUUUUCAGAAACCUCACUUUUAACCGCUCUUGACGACAUAUAUCAAGAAGAUACCCGGACCAUCAAAGACUCGGACUACUGGAUGGUGUACAUGGUCCUUGCCAUUGGCUCUACAGCCCAAAGCAAACGUAUCCAGGAUACACACUAUCUUACUGGCCUCGAGUAUGCGUCAAGAGCUAUGAACCAUGCCGAUGGUGCUCUCACCCCCGGAUACGUGACGCAAAUCCAGUCGCUUCUUCUUUUGACGCAGUAUGCCAUGUUGGACCCUGCCCACUUUGAUAGCUGGCAUUUGAUAGGUUUCACAGCCCGUGCGAUAGUUGACCUGGGUUUUCACCAAGACCCUCCUUUGUCUGCUGUCCCUGACAAAGCUUCUCUGGACAUGCGACGCAAGAUCUUUUACUGCGUCUAUGCUCUUGACCGGUAG